AUGGCCGUGGAGGUACCUCAGACACCAUCUCAGGAUGGGGUGACACCAUUGAAGACUAAGGGUGAGAUAGAUGAGGUACGCCUAGAAGCUGCUCUUGGCCAUAAGCAGGAAUUGAAGCGAAAUUUUGGACUGUGGAGUUUGACAAGUUUGGGCAUUGUGAUCGCCAACUCUUGGGCAUCUACGGGCGGAACAAUUGUCGCGGCCCUCCAAAAUGGUGGACCGAUGGCUGUGAUCUAUGGCUUGAUUCUCGUUAGCAUUUUCUACACUGCUAUCUCGGCUUCCCUGGCUGAACUAGCCUCUUCAAUGCCGUCGGCAGGCGGCGUGUACUAUUGGUCCUCAGUACUUAGUCGGAGUCGAGGACGUGGUGCAGGAUUCUUCACGGGGUAUCUCAAUGCCUGCGCAUGGCUUUUGUCUGCUGCCUCCAUGAGCUCUAUGCUUGGAAAUGAAGCAGUGGCUAUGUACUUGCUUAAAAACACGAGUGUGGAAUGGCAUGCCUGGCAGGUUUUUAUCGUCUUCCAAAUCGUCAAUUGGUCCUGCUGUGCCAUUGUCUGCUUCGGAAAUCGAUUUAUCCCCUUGCUUAAUCGGAUCGCACUCACCUUGUCCAUGGUCGGACUGGUGGUUACCGUCAUCGUGCUGGCCGUGAUGCCGAAGAAACAUGCAAGCAAUGCCUCAGUUUGGACGGAAUACCACAAUAUGACGGGUGGUUGGUCAGAUGGUAUAUGCUUCAUGACUGGAUUAUUGAACGCAGCCUUUGCAGUCGGGACUCCCGAUUGUAUCAGUCAUCUCUCAGAAGAAGUCCCCAAGCCGGAGCGACGAGUACCCCAAGGUAUCAUGCUCCAAAUGCUCACAGCCUUUGCAACAUCUUUCGUCUAUCUCAUCGCUCUCUUCUACUCCAUCCAAGACCUAGACGCCGUCUACGCCAGCAACAUCGGCUUCUUCCCAACAGCCGAGAUCUACCGACAAGCAACUGGCUCCAACGCGGGCGCCAUAGGCCUGAUAGCAGUCCUCUUCCUCGCUACAUUCCCUACUCUCAUUGGCACUUUUGUCACGGGCGGACGCAUGUGGUGGAGUCUUGCCCGUGAUAACGCAACGCCCUUCGCCAGUUACUUUGCCCAGGUCCAUCCAACCCUCAACUGCCCCGUUCGCGCAACGGUAGCUAUGAGUGCCAUGGUCACUUGUCUAGGAUGCAUCUACGUGGGCAGUACAACCGCUUUUCAAGCGUUGAUAUCCUCCUUCAUCGUACUGAGCUCGCUAUCCUACUUUGGCGCGAUCUUCCCACACGUCCUCUCCGGUCGAAGGAAUAUGGUUCCUGGUCCCUUCUACAUGGGACAGAAACUGGGUAUGGCAGUCAAUAUCACAGCAUUGAUGUAUAUCCUGGUCACUGUCGUGUUCUUCUGCUUCCCAUUCGUGUUGCCGGUUACUGUUCAGAAUAUGAACUAUACGAGCGUGAUCUCCGUGGGCCUGAUGGCUCUCACGGCGAUGUGGUGGAUUUUCCGCGGCAGGCGCGAGUACCAGGGUCCGCAGUAUAGCUUUGAAGCCGCAGAGAGGUUGAGUGCGUUUCAGACUGGCAAGGAGGGGCGGAGGUCGUUUAUUGAUGUGGCGAGCCCGCCGCCGACGGCUUGUCUUGAUGAUCAUAUCCAUGUGUGA